AUGGAGAUUGACCGCAGUCUUUAUGUGACUACAACAUUGACACGAGCUACCAAUGGCACGGUAGCAGUGCCGCGCAUGUUUGGCAAGAUUGCACUCGAAGAGGCAAUUGGCACAAACCUAUGGGCUGCCUACGGCACUCUACCUGCGAUUGAGCAAGUCUCUGGAUAUGCCGGUGUGCCUUUUGCCAGUAGCGUGUCUGCUGAUAUAGAGUCACGACUGACGGAUAUUCCUGCCCGUCUGCAGUCCAUGGACGACAGCGGCAUCGGCUAUGUCAUUAUCUCGCUGACUUCGCCGGGCAUUGAGGGUGUCUUCAACGCCACCAACGCCACCAAGCUGGCGACCGAGGUCAAUGAUGAAAUGUACGCCGACUAUGUCGAGGCCUACCCGGACCGCUUUGGCUUCUUUGCCGCGGUGCCGAUGCAGGACCCGAUGGCGGCAGCGGCGGAGCUCGAGCGUGCCGUCACGCAGCUCGGCGCCAAGGGCGCCCUCAUCAAUGGCUACAGCAUGAUUGGAACCCCCGACAACUACACGGUGCAGUACCUGGACGACGCGGCCUGCGACGUCUUUUGGGCCAAGGCCGCCGAGCUCAACGUGCCCAUCUACCUGCACCCGCGCCCGCCGCCGCCGAGCCAGCAGCUGCUCAUGGACGGCUACCCCAUGAUGGCCCACGCCGCCUACGGCUUCGGCACCGAGACGGCGGGCCACGCGCUCCGGCUCAUGCUGUCGGGCCUCUUUGACCGCUACCCCAGCCUCCAGGUCAUUCUCGGCCACUGCGCCGAGGCGCUGCCGUUCCUCGUGCACCGCGUCGACACGCGCCUCGCCAUUGGCAUCGAGGGCGCCGACGGCCCCUACAACAAGACCAUGAAGUACUAUCUGCGCAACAACUUUUACGCUACCCUGGCGGGUGUCCGGAGACUGGCUACUGUCAGAGAUACCAUUGAGGAAAUGGGCGAGGACCGCGUCAUGUGGAGCGUCGACUACCCGUACGAGAGCAACGAGGACGCUGCCAAUUGGUUCGACUAUGUCGAGGGUCUGGGUGUGAGGACCAAGGAGAAGCUGGCUUGGGAAAAUGCGGAAAAGAUCUUCAAUAUCACGGCGAGCCUGAAUUCGUAUCAAGACGAUCAAGAGUUUCUGUAG